UUGUUGAGUGAGGACGAAAACUUCUGCCCUUCUCCGCGAAUAGUGCCUGAGAUGCGGGCGCGCAGGAAGUGCAACGGAGGAAACGAAUGCAAAAGUGAACAGUCAAGUGCGUAGAAAAGAAAGUGAAGGGCGAACGGGAAAAUAGCGUAUCAGUGGUAAAGAUAUCGUCGGAAAAAAUACAAACAAUAAACUUGUGAUAUUGUUAACUAACAAGAAAAACGAUAUGAGAAAUAUUUAGUGAUUAGAAGAAAACUGUAGUGAUGUAAAAAAAUCAGUAGAAGAACUAGCAAAAUUUUCUAAACAACACUAAGAACAAACUCACCUCGCACAGCUAUUUUUUUUGGAUUGAAACUCGUCGCACAAACAAGGCAUCACAACUAUUUCGGUUUGCCAGUUUCGCCAAAAAAUCCUAUUUUCCACUAUUUUCGCAAUAAUCGUUUCGGACUCGCUGUGCUUGAGGUUAUCAAAAUUUUCAAAUUGCUCAAACAAAAUUGAAAACUGAACGGAAACACUUAUGCGCUGAAAACUUGUGCAACAUCGUAGUUGGCUGAAAAUUUGUGAAGUUUGUGAUUAUGAAUAACUGCCUCGAGGCUCCCGGCAACGAAAGACAAAUCGAGAUCAGCUAAACUUCACGACGACAGGAAGGCACAUCACAAACUAUAAUUUAAGAAGCAGUGCAAAAUAACAACACAUUCAAAAUGGGUAGCAGUGAAGCCCAAACGUACUGUCUACGAUGGAACAACCACAAGUCCAACUUGGUGGAGAUCCUGGACGCGCUCAGCAAGAUGGAAUGCUACGUAGACUGCACCAUCUACGUUGACGAACAGGUCCAAUUCAAGGCACACCGAGUGGUACUCGCCGCCAAUUCUCCGUAUUUUCAGUCGAUUCUACAGGACGUCCCGAUGGACCACUGUAGUAUCCUAUUCCCAGGCGUACGGGAGUUUGAAAUGCGUGCCAUUCUAGAAUACAUGUACACCGGAGAGGUGAACGUUACCCAAGCUCAAAUUGAGCCCAUAAUGGAGAUCGCAAAGCAACUGGAAGUGAAGGGGUUGUUUGAUAUGGACGAUAUCCACGGACGGUUCAAGAAAAUGGUAAUUGAGCGUGAACGCGAGUCGGCUUUUUCAAGUAACAACAACUACAGCAGCAAACCGCAGCCACCCAGUAGCAACCAUCAGUCCCCUCCAGUCAUCUCAACCUCCACAAACGUUUCGAUUGCUCAGAGUAGCAGCUCAUCCCCACCGUACACGUAUAAAUCACCGUACACCAGCCUCUAUUCACGCACCAGUCCUACCGCCAUCGAGCGUGACAGAGAUCGGGAACGCCAGCACGAAGAACGUGAGCAUGGCGAACACUCGGCCUCCUUUACUCACUCUCCGCCUCACCCAUCAUAUUCCCACCACAACGAACCGUCGCAUGACGACCAAAGACAAACUCCAUCUGCCUCAUCAUCCUCGUCCCUGCCACCACCGCAAAAUCUUCGAUGGUCUCUUCCAGGCCAGAUUCCUGUCACCUUACACCAACCGCAGCUGCACAAUAUGCUCAGCUCCGUGUACGAUUCUAGCGCAGAUAUGAACCCACUAAAGCGCAAAAAGCUUCAAUCAAUGACCACUAUGCUUCAUGACACCCCGAUUCUCCGUAACGUUCUUGCUCAAUCGAAUCCUGCUGAUUCUUCGCAAUCAUCGCCAUCACCACUGUCGCUACAACCGAUCCAAGGAAUGAAAUCAGAAGCUGCGGCAGCAGCUGCUAGCGCUGCUGUUGGACACCAUCACCCCACCAAUCUGAGCAGCAGCCAUCACUCCAACGGCGGAGGAUACAAGCACAUGAAGGAACCACUUUCGCCUUACGCCGACAAAUCCUACGACGAUGAAGCCAUGAUGGAGCCUCGACUGAACUACAGUGCCGAUGAUGCCCGCCUGGCUUCGUACGUUCCUCACCAACAGCAGAAGCCGGAGUGGAAACGAUACAAACAAUACACCCGCACGGAUAUUCAUAACGCGAUCGAGUGUGUACGUAAUGGAAUGAGUGCAUUGCAGGCAGCUCGCAGGUACGGUGUUCCUUCGCGAACUCUCUACGACAAGGUGAAAAAGAUGGGUAUCACUACCGGACGUCCGAUGAAUCGAGCGAUAAAACGCAGUCCCACUUCUGGAGGCAGUCCUGCGCCAUUCCCAUAUGGUCUGAGCGGUGCGUCGCAUAUGUUUGGCACGGGACAUCCCGGAGAGCAGCAAAUGCCAUCGCAGUCUCAGUUGCAACAGGGCGAUGAUGACAAACCAAGAAUGAUUAAGAUGGAACAUUCGGGACCCCAUUUGCCACCGACAAUUCCACAUCCGGCUGCUGCUUUGCUUGAUCCUUCAUUCCUCCAGCAGGCAGCUGGCCGUGAAGCUCUCCAUGCGAUGGCCAUAGCAGCAGCUGCCCAUGCUGCUGUGAACGGUAUCAACACCUCACCUGGUACACACGGCACUGCUCGUUCCCCAAGUCCGAGUGUUCUAAUGAAGUACAUGCGUUCUGUGUCCAUGGGAUCUCCAGAUGAUCGUGACUUACGACGUGGGUCUUCGGAAGGCGAUCGUCACCAUCGCAGCAAUGGAUCCGAGUCCUACGACCGGUUGGAACGCGAUUCAAUGGACCGUGAAGAUCAUCGUGAUAUUAGUGGCGAAGGGGAUGACCUUGUGGAAGAUCUGUCGAUGGCACGACGUGGGCCGGAAUCGGACCGAGAAUCGGUCUCACCGCCCAGCCAACUUCAUCACCAUCUUCAUCUACCUCUACCGCCACAAAUGCCACCUCAACAGCAAGGGGUUAUUGUUCCGGCACCAGGCAAAAUCAAAGACGACUACAAUCCCAUCGCGAUUAAACGGGAAAUUCCGGCCGACAGUAAUUCGCCCAUGGAGUCAUCGUAAGGUGUCAUUUUGUAAUCCGGCUAUUGCAUCUUCUCCUCUUGUGUGCUCCUUUCGGGAGAACGGAACAUCCUCCUCUAUUCGUACUAUUAUGUUUCCUUAUACCAUCAACGCAGAAGAAAUCUUCCUCGAAGCAUUUUUCUGUAAACUGUGAAACGUGUAUUUUUAUUUUUCUUUACUGAAAUUUAGCUUAUUUUGUUUGUUUUGUUUUUUAUUGUUUCAUAUUUCAUUCGCAUGUAAGGAAACGAAAACGAAAAGACAUGUAAAGGCUCAAAAUAAGCAAACUACGAAUUUUAACAGUUAAGUUACACCACAAAAAAAACGAAACCGCGCAACAUAAGUUACCUUGAACAAAACUGAAAGCAAUCCCACCAAUUAUUUUUCUAUUUAAUUUGCAUGUAUAUUUAAUUCAUUAGCAUUUAAUAUGGAAAUUUUACACACCUGUAUCCUUUCUACCUGUGUAAUCUUUCCCCAGGUUUAGAACUAGAGAAUCUCUUUGAAGGGUCAGCUACAUAAACCCUUGGUAAAACCAAUCAAUCAAACCACAAUCUACAAUAGACUGAUCAAGUUACACGCGAACAACACGCAUACACACACACAUAGCAGCAUAGUUAAUUGUAUUAGUAAACUUAUGAACCAGUUAAACGAACCGAGGUGCAAUACAUCGAAAACCUUCAUUUUUAACCAGAGGACUAUUUUGACUCUUACACAUAUUUUUCAUAAAUUAAAUCGUUUGCAUGAGUGCAUGUUUUAUGUUACUUUUCUUUCUUUUUAUAUUCUGUACUAUAAUCUUUUACACGGAGAGUAGAAUCAUAUCAAAUUCCGUACUAGAUCAACUAUCAUUUUCUUUUUGGAAACAAAAUUGAGAAAAAAAAAGAAUGUAAAUAUCUUCAAUAUGCGGGUAUUCUUUGUUAUGUUAGAUAAACAAACUGUCAAAAGCUGUACUAUUACUGUAGUUC